CAUAUACAUGUGUCUUUGUAUAUCUAUAUAUUUUGGAAAAAGAAAAGAAAAACAGAGGAAGUGCUCUGUUUUCUCUGUUUUUUUGUAUGAUAUAAGAGAUAUUCACAUAAAGCCUACAACUUUGCAGCAUCAAAAUCUUGGGUUUUGGCUAUUAUGGCUGAUAAAGAAGAAGCCAUGCAUGCUGUUUUGACAGAAGCUGUUGAUUUGGAAAAUGUGCCAAUUGAGGAAGUGUUUCAAACUUUGAGGUGUGAUUCAAAUGGACUCACAACAAAGGCUGCUGAGGAGAGAUUGGCUAUCUUUGGUCACAACAAACUUGAGGAGAAGCAGGAAAGCAAGUUUUUGAAGUUUUUGGGAUUUAUGUGGAAUCCUCUUUCAUGGGUGAUGGAAGCUGCAGCAAUCAUGGCUAUUGCUUUGGCCAAUGGAGGAAAUAAACCACCCGAUUGGCAAGACUUCGUUGGUAUCAUCACACUCCUUAUAAUCAAUUCCACAAUAAGUUUCAUCGAGGAGAAUAAUGCUGGUAAUGCUGCUGCAGCUCUCAUGGCUCGCCUAGCGCCAAAAGCUAAGGUCCUUCGAGAUGGGAGAUGGGUGGAGGAAGAUGCUAGCAUUCUUGUUCCAGGUGAUAUAAUUAGUGUUAAGCUAGGUGAUAUUAUCCCUGCGGAUGCUCGUUUGCUUGAAGGUGAUCCAUUGAAGAUUGAUCAGUCUGCACUUACAGGCGAGUCUCUUCCGGUUACAAAAGGACCUGGUGAUAGUGUUUAUUCAGGCUCUACAUGCAAGCAAGGAGAGAUAGAAGCUGUUGUUAUUGCGACUGGAGUUCAUACCUUCUUUGGCAAGGCUGCUCAUUUAGUUGACUCCACAAAUCAAGUCGGGCAUUUUCAGCAGGUCCUAACUUCAAUUGGGAACUUUUGCAUAUGUUCAAUUGCUAUUGGAAUGAUUGUUGAGAUCAUUGUCAUGUAUCCAAUUCAACACAGGAAAUAUCGUCCUGGAAUCGACAAUCUACUUGUGCUUCUCAUUGGUGGAAUUCCUAUUGCCAUGCCUACUGUUUUGUCAGUCACAAUGGCAAUUGGAUCACACCGCUUAGCUCAGCAGGGCGCUAUAACUAAAAGAAUGACAGCAAUAGAAGAGAUGGCGGGUAUGGACGUAUUGUGCAGCGACAAAACUGGAACUUUGACUUUGAAUAAACUAUCUGUUGACAAGAAUCUUAUUGAGAUUUUUACUAAAGGAGUUGACGCAGAUACCGUUGUUCUCAUGGCUGCUCGGGCUUCCAGAGUGGAAAACCAAGAUGCUAUAGAUGCUGCUAUUGUCGGGAUGCUAGGUGAUCCAAAAGAGGCAAGGGCUGGUAUUCAGGAGGUUCACUUUCUUCCCUUCAAUCCUACUGACAAGCGGACGGCUCUAACUUAUAUAGACAGCGAAGGUAAAAUGCAUCGUGUCAGCAAAGGUGCGCCGGAGCAGAUUUUGAAUCUUGCACAUAAUAAGUCAGAGAUAGAACGUAGAGUUCAUGCUGUCAUUGAUAAAUUUGCCGAGCGAGGGUUGCGGUCUCUUGCUGUAGCCUACCAGGAAGUUCCUGAUGGAAAGAAAGAAAGCCAAGGAAGGCCUUGGCAAUUUACCGGGCUCAUGCCUUUAUUCGAUCCACCUAGACAUGAUAGUGCAGAGACGAUAAGUAGGGCAUUAAAUCUUGGUGUAAAUGUUAAAAUGAUAACAGGUGAUCAACUAUCAAUAGCGAAAGAAACAGGACGCCGUCUAGGAAUGGGAACUAACAUGUACCCUUCAUCAGCUUUACUAGGCCAGAACAAGGAUGAAGGAAUUGGCCUCUUACCAGUUGAUGAUUUGAUCGAAAAAGCUGAUGGAUUUGCCGGUGUUUUUCCUGAACACAAAUAUGAGAUCGUGAAACGCUUGCAAGCUAGGAAACACAUAUGUGGAAUGACCGGUGACGGCGUUAAUGAUGCUCCUGCUCUUAAGAAAGCAGAUAUUGGAAUAGCUGUUGACGAUGCAACUGAUGCAGCUCGUAGCGCUUCCGACAUUGUUCUAACUGAACCAGGUCUCAGUGUUAUCAUUAGUGCCGUGCUGACAAGUCGAGCUAUAUUCCAAAGAAUGAAGAAUUACACAAUUUAUGCAGUUUCGAUCACAAUCCGUAUUGUGCUUGGUUUUAUGUUACUGGCACUCAUAUGGCAAUUUGAUUUUCCACCAUUCAUGGUGCUGAUUAUUGCUGUUCUUAAUGAUGGUACUAUUAUGACAAUAUCCAAGGAUAGGGUAAAGCCAUCUCCAUAUCCAGAUAGCUGGAAGCUGGCAGAGAUAUUUACCACUGGAAUAAUUCUUGGUGGUUAUUUGGCUAUGAUGACAGUUAUUUUCUUUUGGGCAGCAUAUAAAACAGAUUUUUUCCCUAGCACAUUUGGGGUCUCAAGUCUUCAGAAAAAGGAUAGGGAUGACAUUAGAAAGCUUGCCUCAGCAAUAUAUCUACAAGUUAGUACUAUUAGUCAGGCCCUUAUAUUUGUAACGCGGUCGCGGAGUUGGUCUUUUGUUGAGCGACCGGGUUUGUUACUUGUAGCAGCUUUUGUUAUUGCUCAACUGAUAGCUACAUUGAUUGCAGUUUAUGCAAAUUGGAGUUUUGCUGCAAUUGAAGGGAUUGGAUGGGGUUGGGCUGGUAUUGUUUGGCUUUAUAAUCUCAUCUUUUAUAUUCCACUUGAUUUUAUCAAGUUCAUAAUUCGAUACAUAUUGAGCGGCCGGGCUUGGGAUCUUGUUUUUGAACAAAGGAUUGCCUUUACAAGGAAGAAAGAUUUUGGAAAGGAAGAGCGCGAACUUAAAUGGGCGCAUGCGCAGAGAACACUUCAUGGUCUUCACCCGCCAGAGACCAAGAUGUUCAGCGAACGCACAAAUUAUACAGAGCUUAAUCAGAUGGCUGAAGAAGCUAAAAGACGAGCGGAAAUUGCAAGAAUUAGAGAGUUGCACACACUCAAGGGCCAUGUUGAGUCAGUGGUUAGACUGAAGGGUCUUGACAUUGACACAAUACAACAAGCAUACACUGUAUAAAAUGUAUCUCUAUGCUUCUGUUAGUGGUGUGAUGAGUAUAUAUAGGGCAUAAAAUCGCACCGACAUUUUAGAUUGAAGGCGUGUCUGAGGUGUUUGACACCACCAACAUAUCUUGUUACAAUAACACCGAGUUACUUCCAUCUCAAAUUAUUAAUGGUGUCGUCGUGUGUGUAGUGUCUAUGUUAAUGCUUCAUGGGACAACUUAUGCUUCACCUUGCAAUCUAUAUGCUUGUUUCUUGCAA